AGGGGCAUUGGGACAAAGACCAAAACAUGUGUACCCACACGGUCCAUUGCAGAGAAAACAAUGACUAGAAGGUACAAUAUUGUUGUCCUUUAAGAUCAUGUCAGCCUCGGAAGACGAAGACAUGGCACCCAAGACGAAAAGUUCGGAAGAAACCCGGAAGGUGUUAGUGUCUCUUCACGUGAAUGUGGCCCUGCACAGUGCAUGUGUUUUUAUGCAGGGAAUCGCCUUUACUUACCUGUCCAAGAAGCUAGGUGUCUCCCCAACUGUAUGGGGCUACCUGAACACCUGCACUGCCCUGUGUCACCUGGUUGGAAGUCCCAUCUAUGGCAGGUUUGGGGAUCUGUAUGGGGGCAGGAAGGCUCUGGCUCUGUCCUUUCUCUCCAUGUGUGCCACGUGUGUCCUCCUGGCUGUGGCAGACAGUGUGCCCAAACUGUUUAUUUCUAGACUUCCAAUGGUCUUCAUGCAGGUUAUGCCAGGUGCCCACAUGGUUGUAGCAGAUGCCACUGAUGAUGCGUCGCGGUCAGAUGCCAUGGGGAAAGUGGGGAUGUUCUUCGGUAUUGGUCUUCUCAUUGGUCCUGUCUUAGGGGGCUGGAUAUCUGAACACUACAGUGAACAUGUGACGUGUGUAGUGGCUGCAGUGCUGUCCUUGUUGCAGGUAGUUUUGGUGAUGUUGUUUGUACCUGCACAGAUGAAAUCUGUGUCUCAGGAAAAACACAGGACAUCAUCAGGUUUCCCUCAGGAGUAA